UCCAUCUCCGUAUCGAGUGCACUGGAACUUAUUCUCCACUGGAACUGGAGCUGCAAUUGCAAUUCAUGCCACGGCAAGUAGUUUGAGCGGAUGGCAAACACCGCUCGAGCCUAGAGCUGAGACAGUAUCUACGGCCGCGAUAUGCUGCACCUGAGGCUAUUCGAUAGCUCCGUCUACUACACGCUGGCCUCCGCCUCAGAGCCCGCCCCGGCAGGAGCGUCGCAGUCCGAGUCCGAGUCCGAGUCCGAGUGGGAGCAGCCGGCGGGCAAUGACAGCCAGCUAGCGCUGAUAGGUGGGGCCGGGUCGCCGCCCGCCCUCGGCAGCGCAGUUAAUCUGACAUUUUUUACACCUGCAAUAUCACACGUGAUGCUGGCGCCAUCAACAACCACAACAACAGCGACAGUGUCGGCUACAAUAGUCCAGACGACAGCGGCGCCAGGCCACGACUUAGAUGCGAUGUCGGAGGCGAUCCACAAUGCGACAGCGGGCCACUCGGGCGAAUUGGACAAUUUAAAUUCGUUCUACUUUUAUGAGACGGAACAAUUUGCGGUGCUGUGGAUACUCUUCACCGUCAUCGUGCUGGGAAAUUCCGCGGUGCUCUUCGUGAUGUUUAUCAACAAGAAUCGCAAGUCGCGGAUGAAUUACUUCAUCAAGCAAUUGGCCCUCGCAGAUCUGUGCGUGGGUCUGCUCAAUGUGCUGACGGACAUUAUAUGGCGCAUCACGAUUUCGUGGCGGGCGGGCAAUCUGGCCUGCAAGGUUAUACGGUUCUCGCAGGUGUGCGUCACUUACUCCUCCACCUACGUGCUGGUGGCCAUGAGCAUUGACAGAUACGAUGCAAUAACGCAUCCCAUGAACUUCUCAAAGUCGUGGAAGCGAGCUCGUCAUUUGGUGACUGGCGCCUGGCUCAUCUCAGCCGUCUUCUCGCUGCCCAUCCUUGUGCUGUACGAGGAGAAGCUCAUCCAGGGUCAUCCGCAGUGCUGGAUAGAGCUGGGCUCUCCCAUGGCCUGGCAGGUGUACAUGAGCCUCGUCUCCGCCACACUUUUCGCUUUUCCCGCUCUGAUCAUCUCCGCAUGCUAUGCGAUUAUAGUCAAGACAAUUUGGGCCAAGGGCUCUAUAUUUGUCCCCACAGAGCGAGCUGGUUUUGGUUCGGCUCCUGCAAGACGAGCCAGCUCCAGGGGCAUCAUUCCACGGGCCAAGGUCAAGACAGUGAAGAUGACCCUGACCAUUGUGUUUGUGUUUAUCAUCUGCUGGUCGCCGUACAUCAUCUUCGAUUUGCUGCAGGUCUUUGGCCAGAUACCACACUCGCAGACAAACAUCGCCAUCGCCACCUUCAUCCAGAGCCUGGCUCCCUUAAACUCGGCGGCCAAUCCCCUGAUCUACUGUCUGUUCUCCUCGCAGGUCUUUCGCACACUGAGUCGGUUUCCACCCUUUAAAUGGUUCACCUGCUGUUGCAAGUCAUAUCGUAACAACUCGCAGCAGAACCGUUGCCACACGGUGGGGCGCCGACUGCACAACAGCUGCGACUCGAUGAGGACGCUGACCACCUCUCUGACGGUGUCGCGCCGCUCCACCAACAAGACGAAUGCCCGGGUGGUAAUCUGCGAGCGACCCAGCAAGGUGGUGACCGUGCCGGCCAUGUCGGAGGUAUGAUAGCUGGCGCACACGACCCGCAAGCGUUCAACGUUUGCGGUCCACGGGCCCACAUCCUUCAGCGAUGCGGAGUUCCUCUAGAAUGGUAAAGGACUGCGACUGCGACUGCGACUGCACGAGAGGCUUAGACAAUAAGUUCGAUAGUUGUACUAGGCAUAGUGAAAGCCAAAUCUAAACUGUACGUAUAAGUAUGCCAAGUCUACGCUACGAAUUUCAAACAUUUAAUAUUACGAGUACUCUAUGUAUUUACUAUAUGCAUUUUCGAUCUAAUAAUAGGUAUCUACUCAUUA